GCUCGUCACCUCCCUGAUAUUGCGAUGCUUUUGCUUUUAUGUCCCGCCUUUCCAUAUGCCUGCCUGCCUGCCUCUAUCUAUCCAUCCCCCUCCCCACUUACUUUUCCUUUUCUCACUUUUUUUGUUUUUACUCUUUUUUGUUUUUAAUUUUAAUGUUUGAUUUUCUAAUGUUUCACUGUUUCUCAGUUGCCCGUUUGUCAUGUGCAGGGCUGCUCUGCUUUGUGCCCGUCCUUCUUUCCUUCCUUCCUUGCGUACUAUCUUCGCUUGCCGUGUCGUGCUUCUCGCUUGACUCGACUCUCCAAUCGCCCUCGCACCUCUGUCCACGCAAUUUCGGGCCACCUUGUGUUUCUAGCUGCCGUUUGGUUUAAAGACACAGCUAUGCUAAAUUAGAGGUUGCUGAAUUUUGAGAAGAGGACGGUCGUGUGGUUUACUUGUCGCGGUGAUGCUGUGGCAUUAUGUGGUCUGGUGCAGUUAGAGGGUGCACAGUGCGAAUUGCUUGAUCUUCCCGGGGUAGAAAUUUAAAAGGAAACAGAAGUACUAUUCGGUUCUUGAUCUUCAAUCAUACGCCAAAGAUCCUGAGCCCUAGAAGAGUUGGGACGCAAUUCUUGCUCCUGCAGUUUGACGAAGAUUUUUGGAACAAAACAGGCCUUGUCUACAAAUCCUGUCGAUGGUGGGAAACAAAAUAAAGAAAUCUCUCGCAUGUUGACUUCCAAGGAAACUUUUCACCUAAACCUCAACGCAUCGGAAGUAGAGCACAGAUGUUAUUUUUGUAAAAAUAUAUCUACAGAGCCUGGAAUCGAUUUCACUCGAAGGAGUAUCGAAGGCCUGUACUUUUUUACAAACUAAGAUUUGUUUUAAAUCACAAGCCAUAGGGAUGACUGAGCAUUCCCAAGGACCGGCUGGUGGUCUUGGUAACGGCAAUCGAAAUUGGUCUGUUAGCAAGCAUGAACCGCUCGAAGAGGACAAAGUUAUGGACGGAAGUUUCUCUUCCAACCCGCUUGAUUCGUCUACUGUCUCUGACACUGAUACUUCUAAGGACUCCGAGCUGGCUAGCGAAAAACAUGUAGGAAGUAUGGCACUUAUCCCUCAAGUGACGCAGACUGACAAUCAUUUAGAAGAUGUGUCGAUCGUCCCUCAUACGAAUCAGAAGCUCAGCAUCGAAGCCUUGAGGGAAAGGUUAAAGGAUAAAUUAAAAGAGAAAUUGAAGCCAAAAUUGAGGCGUAACUUGAAGCAUCGACAGGGAUCACCUUUACCAGUUAUUCAAUGGGAUUUUAAUCAAAAGGUUGCCUUGCCAAAUCGAAAUGAGGAAGCUAUACAUGUAGAAAAUCAAGCUUAUAAAAAAAUAAUUGCAAGUGAUGUAGCACCUUUGAAGGUGCUACCAGCAGCUGUCAAGACUGAAUCAGAGCAAGGCGUAUUAACUGUUCCCUCUUCCCUCUUUUCUUUAGGAAAGGAAACAACUGGACAACUAAUUGUACCAAAUGGAUUGAAAGAACGGAAAAAGGUCGGAAAGAAAACCUCGCAGCUGUCGCGUGUUAACCGCUUUGCAGAUAGUAUCUUGCAAUUUGUUGGAGAUAAAUCUGUACCCGAGAAGCUUAUCCGAGGUGCCUUGGGGAAUAAUCCUGAUAUCAGCAAAGCCAUCAGAUUGCUAUUGUCAGAGAAGAGGCUCAAGCGACUUGGGGAUGGUGGGAAAGGCUGUGCUUACGUUUACGUGAGAACUGACCUGGCUGAGUCAAAACCAAAUGCAAAAGAGCUUGAUGAAGUGAAGUUGAGCGCACAAGCCAUGAUUAUUGAGCGGGAGUUUGUUCGUGAGUUAGAAAGGACGUUCCCAGCAACCAAUAAAUUAGAUCCUUAUGCUUGGGAUAGAUGUGGAAGGAUUCAAGGGGAUCAUCUCCAAUGUGAUGUGUGAUUUUUUGAGGGUUCUCCGGCACAUCUUUGGCAGCGCACAAUUGAUGAGGGUGCAAGUGUGGAUAUAUCUUCCAGCAUCACACAUGUUUCUCGAUCUCAAAUUCAGAGUCGGCAGAGAGCACCUUCAUGCUGCAGUUGUUGAUGAGUCGCUAUCCGUGGUAUCUUGGUCAAUGUGUUGUUUUACGAAGCCUGUACCUGAGGCCUUCCUUAUUAGCGGGAUUUUGCGGGAACAAUUCGCUUACAUUGUCAGAGACCUGUGCAACAAUUUGCACAUAACUUCAGUGCACAGAAAUUUUCUCAAAAGCGUGGAUGCAUGAUGGAGAGUUGUAAAAGCAUUCAAUUGGAUUCAACCACAUCGGCAAAGCUCAUGGAUGGUAGUUGUAGAAUCCCCACUCCUGAUUUUGUUCGUAGGUGAGGUAUUGCGUUCGUUCAAUCUUUAGGAUAUGGAACGAAGUUACCAUUCUUUGAACUUAACAUUCUCUUAGUUCAGCCAUCAACUCCGAUGUCUGUGGGGAUCUGUUCCAAUGCUCCAGAUCUUACUAUCUUGUAGGACUAGGAAUGAAGCCUUGGGGAAACUAUUACAAUUAUCACGAAUUUCCUCAAAAAAUCUUUUCGGUCAAUAGUAGAACAAGAUCAAAGAUGGAAACAACUUGUAUGAAUGCCGAAGAAUCUGCGUACUUAAUUUGCACACUUCAGAAGUUAUUCGAGAUUGCAAUUCUAACAGGUCAUGUUUGAGCUUGCCUCUUGCAGAACCUGAAAUCUGGGAGUGUGGGUUCGUGCAAAGACUGCAAGAGCUUGGGUCGUUAGUAGUGAAAAGCACUAGAACCUUUCGGUGUAAUGUUUGGUUACCCUGAUUAUAUCAUCGGUAUUCUGUAAUGUAUGAACGAGUCAUUGGAGUGACCAAACUUCUACUCGAGUUUUUGGAUGGGCUUAAACUGUCUUGACUGUCA